UAUUUUUCAGGGAAGUACUGUAUUAGCUGCCUGUUGUCAUCUUGGAAUAGAAGCUGAGAAGCAGAAAACAUGUUGGAAACAAUUGACACACAUCGGGCCCUCCAGGCCGUGGAGCGCUUACAGGCAAAGCUUCGGGAUCGAGGUGACGUUGCAAAUGAGGAAAAGCUGAGCUUACUGAAAUCAGUGCUGCAGAGUCCUCUCUUUAACCAGAUUCUCAACCUUCAGACUUCCGUUCAGCAGCUGAGAGAUCAGGUAAAUAUUACACCUUCCAUACAUACCACUAGUGAGUUCCCCCAGCUUCUCCAUCAUGGUGUGAGUGUGGGUUCUUCAGCGCAUAAUGAGUCGUAUUUAUUGGCUCAGCAGAACGGCAGCCCAGCUAGCGUGCUGGAAGCCUCGAUGAGAUCCAUCACGCCUCAGAUUAAUGGGAAGUCCUCUAGCGAUGACUUUGAGCAACUAAUCAGAAAUAUGUCCCAGGGUCGUCUUGUUGAGACCAUUGAGCUUAUUAAACCUUUUAGCGGUGGUCUGGGCUUCAGUGUUGUGGGCCUGAAGAGUGAAAACAGGGGAGAACUAGGAAUAUUUGUUCAGGAAAUCCAGGAGGGAAGUGUGGCACAUAGAGAUGGAAAGCUGAAGGAAGCAGAUCAAAUCCUUGCUAUUAAUGGACAAGCCCUUGAUCAGACAAUUACACAUCAGCAGGCUAUCAGCAUCCUCCAGAAAGCAAAAGAUAAUGUCCAGCUAGUUGUGGCCAGGGGCACUUUCCCUCAGCUCAUCAGUCCUGUAGUUUCCCGAUCUCCAUCUGCUGCUAGCACAGUUUCAGCCCAUUCCAACCCGGUUCACUGGCAGCACGUGGAGACCAUAGAGUUGGUGAAUGAUGGAUCUGGUUUGGGAUUUGGAAUAGUGGGAGGAAAGUCAACUGGAGUAAUAGUUAAAACCAUCCUCCCAGGAGGGGUAGCUGAUCAGCAUGGCAGAUUAUGCAGUGGAGACCACAUCUUGAAAAUUGGUGACACAGACCUGUCUGGAAUGAGCAGUGAACAGGUGGCCCAAGUCCUGAGACAGUGUGGAAAUCGAGUGAAACUGGUAAUCGCAAGAGGUCCUAUUGAGGAUCCAGCCCCGCCAGCAGUCCCACCGGGUACACCAGUACCCACCUCCACAGCAGAGAAACAGGCAGAAGCUUCUGUUGACAGCUGCGAAGAUGGAGAGAAGUUUAAUGUGGAACUCACUAAAAACAUCCAGGGUUUAGGAAUAACUAUUGCUGGUUACAUUGGAGACAAAACCUCUGAACCUUCUGGUAUCUUUGUGAAAAGCAUUACAAAAGGCAGUGCUGUUGAACAUGACGGUAGAAUCCAUGUAGGAGAUCAAAUUAUAGUUGUGGAUGGAACAAAUCUUCAGGGUUUUACUAAUCAGCAAGCAGUUGAUGUUUUGCGGCGCACAGGACAAACAGUUCGACUCACUUUGAUCAGGAGAGGGCUUAAGCAGGAAAAUCGUAAUCAGCCCCAGGAGGACUUCAGUGCUGCUGUUGAAAAGGACGUACUGCUCCAAAUGAUGGAUGGUGGCACAGCCAAGGAAAACAGUGAAACAGAGCAGGGAUCUCCAUCACUGCCGUGCAGCACCGGUGUGGUAAAUGUUGGCGAGGACAUUAAACAACAGGAAACAGAUUUCCAGUUAACUACUGCAGAAGAAGUAGCUCUGAAGACUAAAUGGCAGAGAAUUAUGGGUUCAAAUUAUGAGAUAGUGGUGGCUGUAGUUAACAAAUUUAGUGAAAGCAGUGGGUUAGGGAUAAGCCUUGAAGCUACAGUGGGGCAUCAUUUCAUCAGAUCUAUCUUACCAGAGGGGCCAGUUGGACGAAGUGGCAAGCUGUUUAGCGGAGAUGAGCUGCUUGAAGUAAAUGAGAUCUCUUUGCUUGGAGAAAAUCACAAGGAUGUGGUCAAUAUCUUGAAAGAACUGCCUGUUAAGGUGACGAUGGUGUGCUGCCGUCCGGUAGCUUCCCCUGUGAGUCACCCAGAAGUAUUGGACGGUCUAAGUCUGUCUGAGGUUCAACUCACAGAAAAGGCUCAUGUAGAACUUGGAUUCAUUGGCUCCUCAGACACAGAGGGAAGAGCUUUGGAAAUUGCUGAUGAGGAUCCGAAUAUGGAAGAGAUACAAAGCUCUUCUUUGGCAAUGUGGGAAACAGAAGUUCAGCACAUUGAGCUGGAGAAAGGGAAUAUGGGACUUGGAUUUAGCAUAUUAGACUACCAGGAUCCCGUGGACCCAGCAAACACUGUAAUUGUAAUUCGCUCAUUAGUUCCUGGAGGUGUGGCGGAGCAAGACGGCAGACUUCUUCCUGGAGAUCGGCUCAUGUUUGUCAAUGAUACCAACCUGGAAAACGGCAGCCUGGAAGAAGCGGUACAGGCGCUAAAAGGAGCCCCGACAGGAACAGUUAAAAUAGGAGUUGCCAAACCACUGCCUCUGUCACCAGAAGAGGGCUAUGUCUCUGCUAAGGAAGAUUGCUUUUUCCGCACUGCCCAGUCACUUGAGGAGGAGGGCCCAGCUGAUGCAGCCCUCUUCCGUGCUGAGCUGGCUCUGGUGGACUCCAGCGAGGCAGAUCUAGCGGAUGAGUCCACCUUCGACUCGCAGUACUCCCCGGACAAUGACAGCACCUUCCAGGCGUCGAUGCUAGCUCUGCGCGGCAGCGCCUGCAGCGAUGAGCUCAACUAUAGCCUCUCUCUGCCGUCAACUCCCAAGGCUGUUGGAGAGGAAUGCUCAAACGCUGCGGCUGAUUUCCAAGUAUCCAGCAAGAAUCUGUGCAGUGUGGAUCAUCUGAGUCAGAGAGUGAGAGAGAAAAUGUCCCUAGCUGGCAAGAGCUUGGAAACUGCCACUGGUUUUACUAACAAAGAGCUUUUGGCUCUGGAUGUUUCGGAUAUCAACCAAAAUGAAAAUGAGGACACAGUGACUUGGGCUGCACCUCAGACAGCAGCAGAAGAUGCACGAAAUACAAACCUUGCUACUGCAAUGCAACUGGAUCCCACUGGAAAAGAUCAGGUGCUUUUAAUGGAAAAGAGCUGCCCCGUGUCUGUGGAGAGAAGUUCCAUAGUCCCAAAUGCAGUUAAAAACAUAUAUGAGAAGACUAUCACUAUCGCAAAAGGCAAUUCAAGUCUAGGGAUGACGGUAAGUUCCAAUAAAGAUGGCUCAGGAAUGAUAGUCCGCAGCGUCAUCCACGGAGGCUCAAUAAGUCGAGACGGACGGAUUGGUGUGGGAGAUUGUAUCCUGUCCAUUAAUGAAGAAUCAACUUCUAACUUAACCAAUGCACAAGCUCGGGCUAUGCUAAGGAGACAUUCACUCAUUGGACCAGAUAUAAGUAUUACCUAUGUAGCAGCAGAAAAUUUAGAAGAGUAUCGAGCCAGCUUAGGACAACAGACAGAGGGAGAUGUGCCACUUGAUCUUUUUUCUUCACAUACUGUCAGCAGGGAGAUUGCAGAACUUCCAGAACGUGAAGAGGGAGAGGGAGAAGAAAGCGAACUUCAGAAUGCAGCUUUUAGUAACUGGAACCAACCCAGAAAGGUUGAACUUUGGAGAGAGCCUAGCAAGUCACUGGGGAUCAGCAUCGUUGGUGGACGAGGGAUGGGGAGCCGCCUGAGUAAUGGGGAAGUGAUGAGGGGGAUCUUCAUCAAACACAUCCUAGAAGACAGCCCAGCAGGCAAAAAUGGCACACUGAAAACUGGAGACCGAAUCGUGGAGGUGGAUGGGAUUGACCUCAGAGAUGCCAGCCACGAACAAGCUGUGGAAGCCAUACGGAAGGCAGGCAAUCCCGUAGUCUUUAUGGUACAAAGCAUUAUAAGCAGACCAAGGAACCCCUCCCUGGCUUUCCUGCAGAACAAUCUUUUCUGUAGGCCAGCAGUCUUCAGCAGCACUAACCCGUUUGCUGAUACUUCUCAGUUCAACACUAACAAGGCAUCCAGUCAGUCAGAUUCAGAGCCAGAAAAGACUUCAUUUUGUAACUUGCCUCUGCCCCCUCCUUCAGCAUUUUCAGGAAUGAGCUGUGAUGUUGCACGGUCAUCUUCCAGCAAAGUCCCAGAGGAUGUGGAGAAAGAGGACGAGUUUGGUUACAGCUGGAAAAAGAUCACGCAGCGCUAUGGAAGUCUGCCGGGGGAGCUACACGUGAUUGAGCUAGAAAAAGGAAGGACAGGUCUGGGACUUAGUCUUGCUGGUAACAAAGACCGAUCCAGGAUGAGUGUCUUUAUAGUGGGAAUCGAUCCAAAUGGAGCAGCUGGCAAAGAUGGCAGGUUACAGAUUGCAGAUGAGUUACUAGAGAUAAAUGGGCAAAUACUCUAUGGAAGGACUCAUCAGAAUGCUUCAUCAAUAAUCAAAUGUGCGCCAUCUAAAGUAAAAAUAAUCUUUAUCAGAAAUAAAGAUGCAGUAAAUCAGAUGGCUGUUUGCCCUGGGAAGUCAGUAGAGUCAUCACCUUGUACUUCGGGGACACUUCAAAACCAAGAGACUGAUCUCAGCGCUACAAAUGUCAAUGCUUUUGCUGACUUUAGUUCAUACAAAAACAUUCAGCACGUGGAACUCCCUAAGGAUCAAGGAGGAUUGGGAAUUGCCAUUAGUGAAGAAGACACAAUUAAUGGAGUAGUUAUUAAGAGCUUAACAGAUCAUGGUGCAGCAGCAAAGGAUGGACGAAUCAAAGUCGGGGAUCAAAUCCUAGCAGUGGAUGAUGAAGUCGUUGUGGGCUAUCCAAUAGAAAAGUUUAUCAGCCUCCUGAAGACAUCCAAAACCACUGUGAAGCUUACAAUCAGCUCCGCAGAGCUGGAUAGCCUGACUGCAGCAGCAGUCCCUGCCAGCACUGCCUUAGCAGAGAGGAGGAGUAUCCAGCAGUCAGCAACUGUCCCUACUUCGGGCUCACCAGAACCAGAGGCCAUCAGAAACACAAGCAGAUCUUCAACUCCAGCCACACUAGCUUCUGAUCCAGCUACGUGUCCCAUCAUCCCUGGAUGUGAAACAACCAUUGAUAUCUCCAAAGGACGGACUGGUCUUGGUCUGAGCAUUGUUGGAGGAGCAGACACUUUGCUGGGAGCAAUCAUUAUCCAUGAAGUAUAUGAAGAAGGAGCGGCAUCUAAAGAUGGGAGAUUGUGGGCUGGGGAUCAGAUAUUAGAGGUGCGUGUAUGCUUAAAUUAUGGGAUUGACCUCAGUAAUGCCACACAUGAUGAAGCGAUAAACGUCCUCAGACAGACGCCCCAAAAAGUUCGUCUAACUGUAUACAGAGAUGAGGCCCAGUACAAAGAGGAGGAUAUGUAUGAUGUACUCAAUAUAGAGCUGCAGAAGAAGCCUGGCAAAGGCCUUGGACUGAGUAUAGUUGGGAAAAGAAAUGAUACAGGGGUGUUUGUGUCUGACAUCGUCAAAGGAGGAAUAGCAGAUACGGACGGGAGAUUGAUGCAAGGAGACCAGAUAUUGACAGUGAAUGGAGAAGAUGUUCGAAAUGCUAACCAGGAGGCUGUUGCAGCUUUGCUAAAGGUCAGUGAAGGAAGUGGCAGCCUCUCAUCGUUCAGUUUCCCAGUUUCUGGUUCCAGUGCACCUGAGGUCUUCGAAAGUGGUCUGAAGAAGAAUACCACCACUUCUGAAAUACAGGGAUUGAGAGCAGUUGAAAUAAAAAAGGGCCCUGCAGACUCACUUGGCGUGAGCAUUGCUGGAGGUGUAGGGAGUCCUCUUGGAGAUGUCCCUAUUUUUAUUGCCAUGAUGCAUCCAAAUGGAGUUGCAGCGCAGACUCAGAAACUCAGAGUUGGGGACAGGAUUGUUAGCAUCUGUGGAACGUCUACCGAGGGCAUGACCCACUCCCAAGCCGUUAGUCUCUUGAAGAAUGCUUCGGGCACUGUUGAGUUGCAGGUUGUAGCUGGAGGGGACGUGAGUGUCAUAACUGGCCAGCAGCAGGAUCCACCUACAUCCAGUCUUUCAUUUACAGGGCUAACUUCGACCAGCAUUUUUCAGGAUGAUUUAGGACCUCCUCAGUACAAGACCAUUACUCUGGAUCGAGGACCAGACGGCCUAGGCUUUAGUAUUGUGGGGGGAUAUGGCAGUCCCCAUGGAGAUUUGCCCAUUUAUGUGAAGACAGUAUUUGCAAAGGGUGCAGCUGCAGAAGAUGGACGCCUGAAGAGGGGGGAUCAAAUCAUUGCUGUGAAUGGGCAGAGUUUAGAAGGGGUGACCCAUGAGGAAGCGGUUGCUAUUUUAAAAAGGACAAAAGGAACAGUCACUCUAACUGUUUUGUCGUGAACCAGCUGCCCAGAGGAGUAGGGUCAACAAGACCAUACUAUUUACAUUCCGCAUAGCAAAGAGGAUGGAAAUGUUUAUAUAGCCUUCUCGUUCUUCCAGCUUCACAGAACCGUGUUACUUCACUGAAGAAAAAUAACAUUUAAUCUUAUUUUUGUAUAUGAUAGAAGUAUUUGUCUUAGUGUCAAAGCACUGGGAUGGAGUACUAUAGUCUCACAACUAUGGUAAAGACGUGGAUAUUUUUUCCUAGUACUAUUAUGAUAACCACUUAUGAUCCACCAAAAAAAAAAAUUGUUUGAUUUAAUAACCGCACAGGAAGAGUGGAAUGUUUUGCUCGGAGGCUUUGAAUAUUUGCAAUAUAUGGGAAAUAUUUGGAUAAAAUGAAGUCAUCAAGUCAACAAGGGGAUGGCAGUGGCAAGAAUAGUCAAACAACAGAAAUAUGGUUAUUGGAGAAAGAAAUUAUUGACAAAAUAGGAAAGUUUUGGAGGAGAAGGAAAAGUAGGUAACCUGGAGGCUAAACGAUCCAGUAAUUUAGAUGAUUAUUUGCAUUAUUUCAUAGCACCCAAAUUGAAGGAGCUGGGAGGAAGACUUGAGUUUUCUGUUUGUUUUGUAU